UCACUUGAGUUUUGAAAAUUAAACUGGCAGCUUGAGUUUCGUUAGGACUCGCUCGAGGGUGCCGCUUGGGGAAGCACACGCAUCUCGUUAAUCCUAUGCGCGAAGAUGGAAAUAGUUGCUCCACAUGCAAGUGUGAUUGUACCUGAAGUUCUUAAAAGAAAUAACUACAAAAGGUGGAGCAUUUUCAUGCAGCACUAUUUAGAGAGUCAAGAUCUUGGGGAUGUCGUUGAAUUAAGCCAGUUGCCUGCAGAAAGAAAUAUGGGGAGAGAAUGGAUUAAAAAGAAUGCUUUAGCUCUGUAUGCCAUUAAGAUUUCGUGUGGAGAAGAAAUGUUUGAUCAAAUAAAGGAGAUGAAUUCUGCUAAAGAUGUUUGGUCUUUAUUGGCUAAUAUGCAUAAACACGCAGAUCAGGACAUUGUUGAGCACCCCCCAGAAAAGCGAACAGGCCCUGGAAAUCUCACAGAUUCGCUAUAUGAGACCUUAACUAAUGCCAUUUCCAAUGGGGACCUUGGGCAAGUACGGAAAUUCUUUGGAGAAAAUUCGAAUCCAAGAUCUGCAAGAAUAUUUGAAAAUGGGUACACAGCUCUUCAUUUUGCAGUUUAUAAUGGGAAGAGCAAAAUUGUUGAUUACUUGAUCAAGUACAAGUUGUCAAAACAAGACUUAGAAACAAAAGAUGAUUCUGGGAGCACGGCUCUUUCCAUUGCUGCUUGUUACGGAGUCGAGAUAUCAAUUGUACAAAGUUUAGUUAGAAAGAACGAUAACUUGCUUACCAUCCCAGACGAAGAUGGAAAGAUCCCAGUUGAAUUGGCCUGCAGCACAAUUCAGGAAGACCUGAUACACUAUCUGUAUCUUGAGACUCCUCUAGAGUCUCUAAAUGUAGACACAAGCGCCUACAUCCUCCACGAGUGUUUAAUCAGAAAAAUGUUUGGCAUGAGCGUGAAGGCCCACGUCAUCAAAAAAGAUAAGCAUCGAUCAUGUGUAGAGAAGAUGCAAGACUUUUUCCAGCCAUUUACAGAGGGGAUCCAACAACGCCUUAGGUCAUGUUCAGAGACGUUUCAACUGAUGGGUCAAGAGAUUCUAGACUGCAUGCAACCGCGGAUUCAAGAAAAUGAAGAGACGAAUCAAAAGAAUCAACAGAUGAUUCAAGAGACUGAAGAGACGAAUCUAGAGAAUCAACAGACCGUUCAAGAGAUUGAACAGACGAAUCAAGAAACGAAUGGAGAUAUUCAAGAAUUACCAUUUAUAGCCAAGUGCGGGUUUGCAGUCGGAAUCACGGUUGAAAUGCUACUGAUGCUUGUGGCCCUUGGUAUACCGAUCGUUUUGGCUCUACGCCUACUGGUUUCAUUGCUCUCAAGGAUCCUUGCAACGAAUGUAUAUGCUGGAAAGUUGAUGGAUGAGUAUGCCUGUGAGGUUAUAUCUUUAAUAUGUCAGCCAUUAUCAGAUUCAGAAUUAGAUGAGAACCUUCUUGUCCAAAGUAGAGCAGUGGACGCAAUCUUCCAGGCUAUCAAGAACGACAUCCCAGUCAUUGUGAAAGAAAUUACAAAAGCUAAUAAAAAUAUUUUGUGGAGAAGCUUAAAUCUUAAAGAGUCAAGAAACACGUUUGCUUGGGCUGUAGCACAUCGUCAAGAGGAGGUGGCACGCCUUCUUUAUGAAUUUGCAAAGGAGGAUGCAAACAUGGUUAUUACCAUAGAUAAAGAUGGAAAUAAUAUAUUACAUAUAACAGCAAAGUUAGCCCCUUCUUAUCAAUUAGGUCGCAUCUCUGGUUCAGCUUUUCGGUUGCAAAGUGAGCUACGUUGGUUCAAGGGGGUAGGAGAAAUUGUUCCACGAUCUUACCACGAACACAAAAACAACAACGGGGAAACUCCUCUGGAAGUAUUUGAUAGAGAACACAAGGAUUUGCUAAAAGAAGCAGAGGAAUGGGGGAAGAAAACAGCAGAAUCUUCUACAGUUGUUGGUGCUCUUAUUAUUACAAUUAUGUUUGCAAUGGCUUUUACUGUUCCUGGUGGGAAUGAUCAAAGUACAGUGAUAAUAUUUUUGGGGAUUCUUACUGCACAUCAUGCUGCUGAAGAUUACCGCAAAUAUUCCCUCGUGAUUUGGGGCCUUACUUUUCUCUUCAUCUCUAUUGCAACAAUGACCAUAGCAUUUUGUGCUGCUCUUUUCAUCAUGCUAGAAGGUCGAUUGGUGGUAGCCAUUCCUAUAACUCUGGUUGCUGGUAUUCCUAUCAAAUGGCUUGGUCGGUUUGUGGCUGUGGGGCUUCGGGCACUUUAAAUAAAUGAUUUUUUUUUUAAAUAUACGCAUGUUGCUUUGAAUAAAUGAUUGUAGUCCUAGAUAUCUCCCUAUGCUUUGACUGUUGGUUAUGGUUGGUUGAUUGAUUAUACUUAUGUAUUUGCUUCGGAUGUAAUAAACAUUUGGUGGAUAU